AUGAAGAAAACAACAAGCAGAAAAAAAGGCUCGAGGCUAAAAGGGGCACCCACAAGAUUGGCCACCCCAUUUACAAUUAAGUGUCUGUCCUGUGGCGCUUACAUAUACAAGAACAAAAGGCACAAUGCUACCAGAGAAAUAGCUCAUGGCAAAGACUAUCUGGGUGUUGAGAGCCACCGAUUUCACAUUAAGUGCACAGGAUGUAACGAAACACUGAGUAUAAGAACCGAUCCGAAGAAUGGGGCAUAUGUUGCUGAAAACGGAUGUGUGAGAAUAGAUGAGGAGCAUGCCCGCCAAAGUGAGGUGGAGGACCAAUCCACACGGUUGAAAAAGGAAUCAGAUAUGAAGGAUGAGAUAAUCAAGCUUCGGAUGCAAAUGGGCCAUGUCAACUCGUCGAACUCAACUCUCGAUAAGUUGGAUAAGAUAGAAGAAUAG